CAUUCGAAAUCCGAACUGACGGACGCCAUUCGUGUGUGAAGCUGUGAAGUGUUCGCAAAGUAUAUUUGGUGUUUUUUUUUUUAUUUAAAUCAAAUUUUCUUCCCAUGGAAAAUUAUAAAACUUUCCACGACCAUUUAAAAAUCCGACCAAAUAAAUUACAAUUAACGUGUAUCGAACGUAAAAUAAUAAUGUCGUGUGCGUUAUAAAAGAAAACGAUUCUCUAUUUCACCCAAACAGCAAUAAAGUUUUCUCUCGAUGAUGGACUCGUUAUGUAUUUUUUUUUACCUUAUUUUUCCCCUCAACUAAAAUUGUGUUAGUUAAAUGGACAUUUUAAUACAAAACAAAAGUCAUUUCUCUUUCGUCAAAAUUUUGAUAUAAUGUUGAACGAAAAACGACGAAAUAAAAAAAAAAAGUGACAUGUAAAAUGUGCGUUUAGAGUGAAAUAUAAUUACAGAGAAUAAAUAGUGAGACAAAAAGAGAAGAAGAACAAAUGGAAUCGCAGAUAAAUAAUGAAAGAGAAUACGCAUAAGUGAUCUACUCUGACUGAAGUUUUGUUUUUUUUUUUUUUCUCUUUUUUUUUGACAUUUCAUGAGUGAAUAAAAAUGAAUACACUAUAUUUUUGUUACAUUCGCUAGAAAGAGAUAAAGAGUGAAUACAUAUCAUGUGAAAAAAACUAGUGUCUAUCUCCAUUGUCCAAUACGAGUAUACGGCAAAAAUGGUGAAGAGAUCAACCAUUUUUUCUUGUUUCUUCUUAUUUCUUUGGUGUUUCAAUUCUUACAAUUCUCUACCUGUUGUUGUGGUGAAUGAAUAGAAAUGAAAUAAAAAAAAAAAAAUGAAAUGAAAAUAAAGGAGAAAAUGUGAGAACACACGAGGAGAAGAAAAAAGAAAACUCUGUGAUGUGAUAAAUAGAAUUUAUAUAGGAAGAGAAGAAAAAUUUUAAAGUUUCCUCGAGACCGAGAAUUAAAUCUAUACAAGAAAUUUAAUUCUUUAUUUUUUUUUUAUAUAAAAAUUAAAAAAAAAAAUUCCAAUUCGCUCAGAGAAGAGAGGAAUCGCAAAUCACAACAACAAAUUGUAUUAAAAAUGGGAAAAAUGGAUAUCAAACAGUAACAAUGAGAUUCAAAUUGCAGAUUAAUCGUAGUUAGCAGUGUAACAUUUCUUUUGCUUUCGCAUCAGGAACUAACCAUUUGAAAAAAAACAUACAAAACAGUACAUCUGAAGAAGUUUUUUUUAAACUACGCUUUAGUAAUGAGACCAAAUUUCAAUCCGAAUAUAUCGUCGGCAGCUACAUUUAUCACUAUAAUAAUAAUCAAUUAUCUAUAGAAAUCCCCAAAUUACCCAGUAAAUAACAAUAAAUGUUUGAAUUUCCGUCGUCGUCAAUACCACCCAUACAACCACCAUUGCGGAAAACGCUAUCGUUUGCGGUGCUGUUGCUAGUAGCGUACACAUCAUUGUUGUUGUCUUUUAAACCAUCAUCUUUAAUAGCAACAUUAUCAUCAGAAUCUGAAUCCAAAUUAGCAGCAGUAUCAGUAGUAACAAUAGAAGAAGUAAAAACGUUUUCUAUGUCACGGUUUUCAAUAUUACCAACAUUGUCGUCAUCUUUAUUGUCGUCAUUAUUGCUGUCGUCAUUUUUGCUGUCGUCAUUAUUAUCGUUAUUGUAUUUGUUGUCGCUGUCAUCUUUUCCAUUAACAAAUAGAACAAAUGAGUUCCUUCCAAAACGUUAAACUUAUUUCAACAACAAUACAUCAACAACAACAAUUAUUAAACAUCAAAAGCAACAACAACAACAACAACCACACAAAAAAUUUUGUAUUUCAACAAAACAACCAGGAACAAUUACUACAGCAGCAGCAACAACAACAAAAAAUCAAUCAAAACUCAACAAUUGUGAUCAAAUCGAAGGAUAAACAAAAUAUUAAAGAAGCAUCCGAUUUAACUAUAAGCGUUAGCGGCAGUAGAAAAUUAGAAGGAAACAACAACAAAAACACAACCACGACGGAGAAUAAAGGAGAAAACGUAUUUUUAAUUUUUUACAAAAUGGCAAAUACUUUAUCAGUAUUGAUACGAAAUGUUGUCAGCAAGAAGCGCCGACGAUACACGGAAGGUGGCUUCAACUUGGACUUAGCUUAUAUUUGUGACAAUAUAAUCGCUAUGGGCUAUCCAGGAGAAUACAUUCAAAGUGUUUUCAGAAAUCCCAUGAAUGAUGUUUGUCACUUUUUCGAAGUCACACAUCCAGAGCACUAUAAAGUAUACAAUUUGCGCUCAGAAAAAGCCUACGAUGUCAAUAAGUUUCAUGGUAGAGUUUCAGUGUAUGCAUUCGAGGACCAUAAUCCGCCAACAAUAGAACUGAUAGAUAAAUUUUGUAACGACGUAGAUCGUUGGCUGAACACAGAUCCGAAUAAUGUUGCGGCAAUUCAUUGUAAAGCUGGGAAAGGACGAACUGGAACAAUGAUAUGUUGUUAUUUGUUGUACAGCGGAAUAAAAACGACAGCUGAAGAUGCACUUGCUUACUAUGGUGAAAAACGAACGAUGAACAAGAAAGGUGUAACGAUACCAUCCCAGAGGCGGUAUGUCCAUUAUUAUGCGAGACUGAUACGAUCGAAACUAAAAUAUGAGAGGCGAACGCUUCAGCUUAGCGAAAUUCGAUUCACACCUGCGACCGUCUUACAAGGCUCUGUGCAAUGUUCAAUAUCAACAAUGGAAGAAAUUGACUGCACAGAAACUCGAACAUCGAACAUCUCUGCGGGAACUUGGACAAAAGUCACAGUUAAAGAACUGGACAGAUUUCCAAUAGAUUUUCGCAAAACAUUCACUCUAGAAUUGGAUGAACAGAAAGUGUUUGUAACUGGUGAUGUUAAAGUUGAAUUAAAGAAAAUUUUUCACUUUUGGUUCAACUCGUAUUUUGUUUGUGAUACUGCCGAUUAUGAGGGCGAAGGAGAGGAUUUGAAACUGAUUUACACACUCCCUAAAUGGGAAAUAGAUGAUGCUCACAAGGAUAAAGAACAUAAAUUGUUUUCUGAAGACUUUAAGGUACAACUUGUCCUUAAACCAGUCUCCCCGCACUUUCAUAAUAACGAUGAUAGAAGUGAAACCGCACUGCUUCGCCAGCACAAAAUUCACAAUAAUCAUGUGAAUAGCUUAACAACACACAAUGCCAAUAAGCUUACCUUUGGAUCAUCAGCAAUACCAACAUCGAGUAAAAGUGGCGACCCAACUUUUGAUGCUUUUCAUAAUUUAAUACAACAUCCAACAAUCGAACGAAGUAGAAAGCCAACAAGUAUGCCACCAUUUGUACCACAAUUACAACAACAACAACAUGGUGGUAAUAAUAGCAGUGGCGGUGGUGGUAUUGCUGGUGGAAGUACCAAUAAUAUGCAUCUUAAUCAUAAUAUGCAAAUGCGUCAUCACCAGCAACAAUCACAACAUCAGAAACGCAGUAGUGAACCAACGCCGUCCGUAAAUCCCGAAUCAAUAAACCGAUCAAAUAAUAAAAAUCAAAACAAUAGUAGUAGUCAUUAUCUACAACAGAAUCAGCAGCAUCAGCAACAACAACAGCAACAGCUACUACAACAACACACCCACCUCCAUCAUUAUCAGCAUCACCUACACCACGAACAGCAACAACAAAAACUCGUACAGCAGGCACAGAAUCAAUCGUCACAACAACAACAACAACAACAACAACAAAACUGCAUUUCAAGCAGUCAAAAUGUCCACAAUACGAGCAGUAACAGCAAUAGCAGUAGCAGCAGCAGCAUCAGUAGCCAAUCGACAUCCUCAUCGUCCUCAGCUGGUGUGGGUGGCGGUGGUGGCGGCAAUGAGGAGGACUGGGAAUCCGGUGAGUCUUCCAAAAAAACUACUACUUCUACUACUACCUCUACCACUACAACUACUACUACUCCUACCACAACUUCAUAUUUUCCAUACAAACGUUUAGUAAGUCAGCCAAAUGAUGAUGAUGAUGAUAGAAAUUCAAUAAAAAAUAAUAAACAUAAAGAUGAUGAUGAUGCUGGUGUGUCUCUGAUCAGAUCUCAUAGCACCACCACCACCACAACUAAAUCUUCAACCACUGCAGACACAAUCCAAACCAACACAAUUACCACAACCACAACUACAGCCAUAAGCCCUAAAUGUGGUCUUCCUAUUUCUUCUACUUCUUCUUCUUCAACUUUUUUACUCCCAUCUUCAUCUGCGUCGAGUUUUAAAACACUCCUCCAUGAAGAAAAACCACAACCAAUAAAAAAAUUCGACGAAAGUUUACCACUUUCUAUUCCUUUACCUUUGCCACCGGCUCCCUAUCCAUCAUCCUCUUCAAAUGGUCUCAAUCUAGCCUAUCAAAAACUUAACAUCACCACCAACCAAGCAACAAUAUCUCCGUUGGUCUCAACGCCAAUCAAAUCUCGUCACUUGAAUUUCUUCCACAGAAAGUGCCACGAAACACCAUGCUUUUCUGAUACUUGUAUUCAGAAAAAGUCUCCAAUCACCAACACAAACACCUCCAUCACCACGACAAAAUGCACAACGGCCCGUGACAAAUUCCUUAAAUUGAUCAAUAGUCAACGUUUUAAAGCGAAAGCUAUUAGUCCAGCUUUGGGCUCAAGUCUAGCCAUAAAUUGUGCUGGCAAUGCUUCAUCUUCAACAGCCGCAUCCCAACAACUUCUCAAGAAAAAAAAGGUCAAAAGCAAACAAAUUCCACCAACGAAAAAAACUUUUCAAUGGCUUCACAGCUAUUUCAAAGUCGAUCCGGAUUUUCAUGAAAAUCUAUCACAACAAACGACCAUACCGAUGAUGGGACGUCGUAACAGUGCCGGCAGUGUUUCCGGUCGUAUUCACUUGAAUUCGAUUGGUAGUACAGCAAGUGGUGGUAUUGGAACAAGAGCAGGUUCUGUGGAAAAGGGUGGUCUUCUUUUGGAAUCGAAGGAAGAAGAUGAUUUACAUUUUGUCGGUAUUGGUCCGAAAAAUCUUCUAGACAAAGCUAGCAGUAUCGAAAGUGGUGAAGUUCCAAUUUUGACAGAAUAUCAUUUCAGAUUACCCACAACUGAUAGCGGCGGCGAAUUGAAAAUUAUACCACUUGGCACAUCGCCUGCCGAUAAGGCUAUUCGUAAUAUUGUCGAUAUUGGUACACAAUUGGCCUCUUUAAGUCCCGUUAGAGAUUUAGAAUUCCAAUAUGAUGAAUCAGAAUCAUUGGCUUUGAUAAAAAAGAAAAACUUAAAAUGUGAUGUUCCAAGUUCUUCCUUCUCAAAUGAAAACAAACAAAAAUUACCAACAACAAUGGGAAGCAAAAAAAAUUUAAUGGAUGAUUUGUGCGUUCCCUAUUCGAAUAUGUUAUUACAAUCCGAAUCGCAUGCAAAUAGCAACUCUGAGCUGAAGUACAAUCACGAUGGCUAUUACAACUCAUCAUCCAAAUGUGAUAAUAAUAAAUUGAGUUUGAAUAACUCUACUACAAGCAAAUGUCCACGUUCCCACUCGGAUAUACUCGAUCUCAAGCCGGCCAUAACACAUCAAAUGCUCUUGCGGCGGCAAAUAGAGGAGCAUUUGUUGCCAACAAUAACAAGUAUUGCAAAACCAGUCGCCGCCGCCUGUGUUACUUCUAUUUCUUCUGCUCCUUCUUCUACUUCAGUGGUUGAUAUUUGUGCAAACAAAACAAAAAGUGAUGGAAUUGUGAUUGCCAAACCAAUUGAACCUCAAUCGAUUGGUUUCAAAUUAGAAGAAACAAAAAAAGUUGUUUCACCAUCUCCUUCACCUUCACCUCUUCCAUCUGUUUUUGAUCCUCCCCCAACAACUCUUCAAACUCAAAUACAAAUUCCUCCCGAUGAAGAUUGUGAUGUUUUCGAUUCAUCGUCAACGUUCAAAGCAACACCAGCUAGACGAAAAACACACGUCGACUCCAUUCUCAAUUUGAUUAUUGUCAAAAGUGAUAAUAAUUCAGGAGCUACUAAUAAUGCUGGUAGUGGUUGUGGUGAUGUUGGAAGCACUGGCGAUACCGAUUGCUUAACUGGUGGUGACAUUAGUCCUAAACAAGCCAAAACUGGUGGCAGCAGUAGCAGCAGCAGUGGCUACUGUUGCGCCAGCGAAGGCAGCCAAAGUAUCAGUUCGACUAGCAGUAGUGGUGUGGUGGAUAAUAUAAGCAGCAGUAGCACCACAUUCAGUUCAGUAGAACGAAAUAGUUUAGAUGGUGGCAGCCAUACUGUUAUGGUUAUAGAUUCAAAGAAAAAACUCUCCCUACCAACGCCAGAAAUAGAAAAAGGUGCUGGUGAUAUCGGUAUGACGAACAAUCGAAGCAGUAGUUAUAGUUAUAAUAAUCAUAAUAAUUUUAAUAUUAAUAAUAAUAAUAAUAAUCAUAGCAAUAUUAGUACAUUUUUAGAAUCGACGACAUUUCAGUCAGCUUCAGCUUCGUCGCUGUCAUCGUCGACUAGUAGUAGUUCAAUCGAUAAAUAAC